AUGCACGGGCCAUACAUCACAUGGUCGUUGACAGAUCGGGGACGUGCCGGUCAGGGUCCUUUGGCUUGGAAUGCGAGACGACUCUGGUCUCUCAGCAGACUGCCGCCUUCACUGCCGUUGCGGUGUGUCAAGUUUCUGUUCCGCGUUAGACCCGAUCUCUACUCCCUUCAUCUCGUACCCUCUUCGCUCUCGGCUCGCCUCCUGAAUUCGCCGCCUCUCCAUUCUGUAUCCAUCUCACUUCGCAAUAUCUCCUCCACCAGAUCUCACAAUGUUCUUAUCCGAAGAAGUGUGCAAUUUGACGCUCGCUGGGAAUAUCUUGGAAACAUGCAGUGUGGAGCAGCUUCCGUCACGUCAAUGGUCAUCUUCACCUUCACCUUCCUACUGGGUGUCCCGGGUAACGGCGCAGUAAUCUGGGUGAUUGGCUUCAAGAUGAAGAGUAAGGUCCACACGGAGUGUUUCCUGACUCUGGCUCUGACUGACCUGAUCUAUUGCCUGACCCUUCCCUUCCGCAUGGCCGACAUCUCCCUGACCCACUCCGGGUACAACGCCUACUUUUCCUGUAAGUUUAUUGGAGUCUUGAUGUUCCUCGACGCAUCCGCCAGCACGUAUCUGUUAUGUCUGAUCAGAAUCUGCCGCUGCCUGGCUAUUACUCGGCCCACGUGGUUCCAGCAACGUCUGAGCCUCAGGUGGAUUCGUGCGUCCUGCUUCGGAGUCUGGAUCCUAGCCAUCGUCAUGUGCCUGCCCGUUCUCCUGCUUCCGGAUUUGAAGAAGGAAUCGACCGUCUUGGAGCCAUUUUGGUUUGUUUUUACCUUCGGCCUCCCCUUUUUAAUUAUGAUCACUUGUUACUUCCUGAUAGGUUGGAGGCUGCAAGGGAACAGGUUCGCCAAAUCUAAGAAGCCUGUCCGCCUCAUCAUCACCGUGGUCGUGGCCUUUAUGAUCUGUUGGAUCCCCAACGCUGUGUGCGACCUCCUAUCGGCCUUCGCCACACCGAUUCCCCAGGACUGGUCAUUAUUCACUGUCGCCCUGGCCUCCUUCAAUAGCGCUCUCAACCCCCUUCUCUAUGUCUUCGCUGGCCGUGAAUUCCACCAGGUCUUCAGGCGCUCCCUCCUCGCCUCGCUCCAUCUGGCCUUUGCCGAGCAGAGGCCAGAAUUGGAGACCCAGUCUCAAACCCCCAACCUCACCUUAAAUACGAAUGUCUGA